AUGAAAGCAUGGCCCCGGCAGAACCUCCUGCAGAAUGACCCUCCUCAACAGCCUAUAACACAGGUACCAAAAACACCAGCCAUAUGUUAUGUGGAUGUAGCAACUCUGGAUACCAAGCAAGAUUUUGCAAAUCUACUCACAGAUAUUAAACUGCUAGCAGCAGAUGUGGAUCUAGUCAGGGCUGAGGUGCAGAUGGAUACAGAUAGGAUCCGUGCAUCAGAGGAAGACAUUCUUGAUAUAAGACAAGAUGUGUAUGUCACGAAGGACACCGUUUAG